AUGACAAUACAUCACAAUCACCCAUAUCAUUUAGUAGAUUAUAGACCAUGACCUCUAACUGGAGCUAUUGGAGUUUUAACCUUGGUAACAGGAAUAGUAAAAUGAUUUCAUAAUUUUAAUAUAAAUUUAUUAAUUUUAGGAUAUAUUAUUACAAUUUUAACAAUAUAUCAAUGAUGACGAGACAUUUGUCGAGAAGGUACUAUACAAGGUAAACACACAAUUUUAGUCUCUAAAGGACUUCGAUGAGGAAUAAUUUUAUUUAUUAUUUCAGAAGUCUUUUUUUUCAUUUCAUUUUUUUGAGCAUUUUUUCAUAGAAGUUUAUCCCCAAAUAUUGAAAUCGGAAUAAUAUGACCUCCUAUAAGAAUUAUACCUUUUAACCCAUUUCAAAUCCCCUUAUUAAAUACUAUUAUUUUAAUUACUUCAGGAAUUACAGUAACUUGAGCACAUCAUGCUUUAAUAGAAAAUAACUUUACACAAACUACACAAGGUCUUUUUAUUACAGUCAUAUUAGGUAUUUACUUCACUAUUCUUCAAGCUUAUGAAUAUAUUGAAGCACCUUUUACCAUUGCAGAUAGAAUUUAUGGAUCAACUUUUUUUAUGGCUACAGGAUUCCACGGUCUUCAUGUAAUAAUUGGAACAAUUUUUUUAUUUAUCUGUUUAAUACGACACAUAAAUAACCAUUUCUCAAGUAAUCAUCACUUUGGAUUUGAAGCUGCUGCUUGAUAUUGACAUUUUGUAGAUGUAGUAUGAUUAUUCCUUUAUAUCUCUAUUUAUUGAUGAGGAAAUUAACUA